CCCACGACGACCGGAAGAGGGGCGAGCGGGGGCGGAAACAGUGCCGGAAGCGGAGCGAUGGCGGGGUUCCCGGGGCAGGGCUACCCCGGCGCGGGCCAGCCCGGGCCCUACUCCGGAGGCCCCUACAGCGGCGGCACGGCCCCCGGGCAGCCCUACGGAGGAGCCGCUCCCGGAGGCGGGGCGCCGCCGGGGGUGGACCCCGAGGCUUUCUCCUGGUUCCAGGCGGUGGACGCCGACCGCAGCGGUUACAUCUCGGUGAAAGAGCUGAAACAGGCACUGCUCAACUCCAACUGGUCGGCGUUCAAUGACGAGACCUGCCUGCUGAUGAUCAACAUGUUUGACAGGACCAGGUCGGGGCGCAUGGAUGUGUACGGCUUCUCGGCCCUGCUGCGCUUCAUCCAGCAGUGGAAGAACCUCUUCCAGCAGUACGACAGGGACCAGUCGGGCUCCAUCAGCUUCAGUGAGCUCCAGCAAGCGUUCUCCCAGAUGGGCUAUAACCUGAGCCCCCAGUUCAGCCAACUGCUGCUGUCCCGCUACGCCCAGAGGUCCUCCAACCCCAGCAUCCAGCUCGACCGCUUCAUUCACAUCUGCAUGCAGCUGCAGAGCCUCACGGACGCCUUCCGUGAGAAGGACACGGGGAUGGUGGGCAACGUGCGGCUCGGCUACGAGGACUUCCUCACCAUGGUCAUGACACGCAUGUUGUGAUGCCCGAGGCCAAGGGGGAGUGGUGGCUGUGCUGGUCCCUUGCUGUGCCCCCACCCUGGGGCCCCAUGCUGCAGGCAAGGACACAGGGCUCUGAGCCCUGCUAUCCCCCACCCCGCUCCCAUUCCUCAUCCCCACUGGAUGGCAGUGGGUCCCUCUGUACUGCAGCAUGACUCUGCCCCCAGGGCUGUGCCAUGGUGUGUGACAACCAAACCAGGAGGGAGCCUGGGCUGUGCCUCCAGGGACUGUGCCAUGCCUCCAGGGAGCGCCUGGAUCUUCUCCUGCCAGCCACAGAAUCGUACCAAAACCCGGGCCCACCUCGUGCUGUUCACAGGCAGGGUUAGGUUCCCUCAUUGCCAAUGUCUGUAUUGAUUUCUUUCUGUCUGUGGAAGCCGAGCUUGGAAAUAGUUUACAGCUUAUUUUUCUAGCUCUAAUAAAAGAAAGACCCCUGGCACCA